GCAGGACUGAGCUAGCGCCAGCUCCCUCAGAUAUAAACGUUGCUGGCAGGAUGACCAGCCUGCCCCGGCUAGUGUGAGCCCAAGGGCUCCUCAGCCACUGUGUUCCUGUCCUGGGGCUGCAGCACCACAGCGCAGGGGUGUGGCAUGUCACAGAGGGAGGCUGGAGGAGCACUGGCCAUGCCAGCAGUGGGGCCGAGCCCAGCCAGGGCCACGCCACAGUUGCUAGCAGGCACUGACAGGAAGAGGAGCCGCCUGAACAGGACAGGGCAGGACCUGUGGGAAGAGACCGGCUGGAGCCACCAAAGAUGGAACAGAGCUGCACCUAGCCCACGAGGGGCCAGGGCCAGGAGCCUGGCUCGUGGCCGGAGCGAGGCCAGUCCUGAGAAUGCUGCGCGGGAGCGGAGUCGGGUGAGGACGCUGCGCCAGGCCUUCCUGGCCCUGCAGGCCACUCUGCCUGCCGUGCCGCCUGACACCAAGCUGUCCAAGUUGGAUGUGCUGGUGCUGGCCACUAGCUACAUAGCCCACCUCACCCGCACGCUUGGCCAUGAGAUGCCUGGCCCUGCCUGGCCACCCUUCCUGCGUGGACUCCGUUACUUACACCCUCUCAAGAAGUGGCCAAUGCGAUCUCGUCUCUAUGCCGGAGGUCUGGGAUGCUCUGGCCUGGACUCCACCACAGCCGCCACCUCGGGCCAAAGAGCAAAGGAGGCAGAGGCUGGGCCCCAAGUCUCUGGAGAGGCAGAUGCUCUUCUUCCCACCAGGCCUGUCUCACCAGCAUCUGCUGACAAGUGAUCAUCACAGUUGCCCUUUUCUCCUGGACUGUGACCCGAGCUUAGGGACCUGGAUUCUCUGUCAGUUCAUUUUGACUCUCACCCAUCGGAUCACUCGAGCUCGGCUCCCAGGUUCCAGCACACAGGCCAGGCGAAGCGGUGGGCACUUCAGGAGGACUAAGGAGCCGAUCCUCAUCUUGUCCCCAGGGGGGUUAUUCCCCAGUGCCUCUUCUGUGGCAAUUACAAGGGAAGUGGGAGAGGAAAGGGUUUGAUUGGGUUGGAAGUUGAGUCAGGGCACCAUUCCUUGCUUUUCUCCCCUCAGGCUCCCGCAGACCCCCUGGAGAUUCCAAGAGGACAGACACUGCUGCCCAGGGACGGGGGUAGGAGCUUAGGCUGGCAGCAGCCGCGGGUGCUGAUGGUAAAGCCAGGGGCCAGGCAAGCUCUUGGCAGCUGUGAAUGUGAACAGACCUCAGUCGGGGUCACAUAGGCAGAGGGGAAACUGAAGAAGGGAAUAUGCUUUGUUACUGCACUGCAAGAUGCUUACCUGAUGUCAGAGAAACAGGGAGGAAUUUAGGAAUCUUGUAUCUGCAUUACGGUCUCUCCAGCUGUCCCCUCAUCAUUACAUUUUCUCCUUCUCUGGGCCCUGUGCCCUUCCAUUCUUUUGGUAUGAGUUCUAUUUACAGGUCAAGCCAUCAAGCUUACAUUGCUUACAUUCCAGGAUCCCGAGAAACUUCCACAUAGUCCAAGCUGCCCUGCAUGAUAUCUUACCCCAGAGGCAGCUCUACCUUAACUGAACCAGGGAGCACCUUAAGGCCUAGCAUAGGAAGGAUUCUGAUAGACUCAGUUACAUCCUCGAAGGACCUUAGAAGGAGAACGUGUAUCUUUUCCAGGGGAUAAUAGUUACACUCUUCACUCUGCAUUAUGUUAGAAACCUAACCUCCAGGACAAACAAGAUAGGCCUGGGUUCACCAGGACCCUUGUAUGAUUUUGGCCUAAGGCCUCACUGGCUCAGGAGUUAUUUCUACACUCUGUCUACAAAUGAGCUGCCUAUGGCCAGCUCCUCCCUGCCGACACUGUCCUCCCAGGCUCUCCCUAAGUCCUACCGCAGGGUGCCAGAAAUCUGAUAGUGCUUUAAUGAAAUUUAUCUCUGAUCUUGAAGAAAUAGUUUGAGGAAAAAUCAGAGUCUAUACAUAUGGAAAGUAACUUUCCAGAUCAGAUGUGGCUUUAGAUCAGGCACCUGAAGUGCAGGCGGAGGACUCACCUUGUCACCAAACUUCAGUGCCUCAGAGUGGAAGGGCAUGGGCCAGGCCAACUAGUGUCCCGGUAGGAGCAGCCCUUGGAGCCACCAUUGAUAUUAUGAGAAUAAACGAGGUUCUGGGUCAGCUGGGAGCGGCCAGGGGUCUGGGUUCUCCUGUGAGGAGCUGCUAUUCCUCCACAGGCCUGGCCAGGGCAGCAGGGGAAAGGGGCCGAGGGGGUGACUCAGCAAGUUGGGGUGGAGGGUGAAAGGGAGACACAGAACGUCCCAGCCGCGGCUGCAGGGGAUGUGGGAGAGCAGCCGGACUGUGGCUCAGAGCCAUGGGGAGAAGGCCUCAGCCAAGGCCAAACACGUAAAUCUACCAAGUUUCUGCUGAGGGGCCUGGAGAGCUUGUGCAGAGCUGCUUCUGGGCAGCUGGAUGGGGCCAGGCAGGGCAGAGACCAGGUGUGGGUGGCCAUGAGCACAGUGUUCUUCACAAGACCAUAAAAGUCCAGCUCAAGUGUUCUAUUUUUAAAGCCAAAUAACAGUAUCUUCCUUGUUGAGUGUGAGCAUCUUUGAAAAAGGAGCAGAUGAAUUUCCUCCUAGGCUGAGACCAGGGAUGGAACUGGGAAGGCUGGCUUUGGGUAUGCACUGGGGUCACCCCACAGCAUGGGGCUUCUCUUGAUAACUCAGGAGUCUUGGAUUUGGAGCUUGCUCUACCCACCCCACCAGACGCCAGCCUUUGCCUAGUGAUAUCAGAUCCUUUGGUGGAGGGACCACAUUACCCUGGUAGAGAAGACAAGGAGGGCCAAAGAAGGAGGCAGCUGGUGGAGGGCUGGGAAGGACAAGUGCCAUCAUUACAAGUCUAGAGGCAGACUUAGCCUCUAGAUCUUUCCAGGCAAAGCUGCUUUCCUUAGUGCUCUGGCCAGUCCCCAUGGAGUCCAGAGGCCAUCUCUUCCAGCCAGACAGUGCCCAGCACAGUCAGGCCAGGGAUCAAAAGGGAUGCAAGGGUCAGGCAGAGCCAAAGGAAGGACUAGGGGAUGACUGGGAAUAACCAGAGGAAAUGUCAGGUUGGAGACUUGGAUUCAUAAAUGAGCCAGAAUCAGGAGUAACCCCCUUUUCCUCUGCAGCAGAGGAAGAAAAACAUCCUCUCACUGGGAGACCCUGGGAACAGGGCUAUGACAUUCCAAAAGGAAACAGGAGCCCAGAUGACAAAAGACAUCAGGUAGCUGGCUCGGGAGUGAGAAAGAUGGCUGGUUGACUUGGGUAUCUUGUACCACCCACCCCAUCCCCAGGUGCCCGUGACUCAAGGCAGACUUGAGGUGAGGGUGGAGGCAGUGAUGGCGAGGACAGCUCCCCGGGGGCUGGAUGUGCGUGUGCUUUCUGAGGAGCAGCAGAAUCACAGGGCAGAGGCUCAAAUGCCCUAUGGGAGAAGCAGAGCUGGCCAAGGGAUAUCUAAGUAUUAAGGUGGAGAUUGCAGAUUUCACCAAAUUGGGAACCAGAUUAUUAGAAAUAAAAAACCUAGUCUUGUCCGAGAAAUUCCUUUUCUCUUCCUCCAGAAGGAGCUGGACUGGGAUGAGUCAGACGGCACUGUUCUCUCCCUUUUGUGGCACAAGCCUAAACCAAGGGCCCCUGUAAGCAUGGUGUUCGAGAUCAGGGGUUGGCAAACUGUGGCCACUGGACCAAAUCCAGCCCCUGAUUUUGUAAAUUAGUUUUCAUUGCAGAACAGUCACACCUAUUUGUUUACAUACAGUCUAUGGCUACUUUCCUGAUACAACGGCUGGGUUGAAUAGCUGCAACAGACUGUAAGGCCUAAAAUAAUUAGAGUUCCUGUGAAGGAGUCCUGGCCCUUUACAGAAAAAGUUUGCUGACGGAUCAGAGAUAUGCAAAGUGUGGUCUGGGAAACUGUGCUGUAAGUGGCCAAAACUAUUUUCGUAAUACAAGAUGCUAUUUGCCUUUUUCACUCUUACUCCCUCAUGAGUGUAAUGGAAUUUUCCUUAUGCCAUGUGAUAUUGCAGCAACAGAUUGAAUACACAAGCAGAUAGGAGAAUCCAGCUGUCAGUUACAACAGACAUGAAAGAUAUUUGCAAAAAGGUAAAACAAUGCCACUCUGCUCACUAAAUAUUUUCCAAUAUGGAAAAUAAUUAUUUUUCAUUGAAAUGUUAUGUAUAUUCAAAUAUAGUGGGUUAAUUAAUGUUACUUUUAAGUGAACAUUUUUAAAGUCCCUAUUUAAUUUCUAAUAUGGUAAAUAUCAGUAGAAAUAACCCACAUAAGCAAAAGCUUUUCAGAGCUCUACUUUUCUAAGAAUGUAAAGGGCCCCUGGCGGGUGGGUAUAGCUCAGUGGUUAAGUGCAUGCUUAGCAUGUGUGAGGUCCUGGGUUUAAUCCCCCUGUACCUCCAUUAAAAAAAAAAAAAAAGAAUGUAAAGGUGUCCUGAGACCAAAAAUGUUUAGAAUCUCUGCUCUGGAAUAGAUUAACAGUGGUC